ACAUUCUUUACUUCGCCGCUCCUGAAUUUGCAGGCUGUUCUCGUUUGUUCGGCUUCAAUUUCCGGGCUGCAUGCUCAAGUCCAACCCAGAAUUCCAUUGGGGUCCUACGCUCUAGCGCUAGCCAAAGCCACCAUACCAUGUUCCGCGUCAGCAACAACCUGGUGGGGAUCCUCAACCUCGUUACCUUCCUGCUCUCCAUUCCCAUCCUCGUCGCCGGUGUAUGGCUCAGCAACCAGGCGGACUCCGAGUGCGAGCGAUGGCUCGAGAAGCCUGUCAUCGUUCUUGGUGUCUUCCUCAUGCUCGUCUCCCUCGCCGGCCUCAUUGGCGCCUGCUGCCAGGUCUCCUGGCUCCUCUGGUUCUACCUCCUCGUAAUGUUCCUCCUCAUUCUCCUCCUCACCGUUUUCACCAUUUUUGCUUUCGCCGUCACUAACAAGGGCGCCGGAGAGGCUCUCUCCUACCGGGGCUACAAGGAGUACAGGCUCGGCGACUACUCCAACUGGCUUCAGAACAGGGUCAACAACACCAAGAACUGGAACAAGAUUAAGAGUUGCUUGCAUGACAGCAAGGUCUGUUCCAGUUUCGCUGACAAGUACCUUAACGACACUGUCGAGCAAUUCUAUGCCGAGCACCUCUCUGCGCUCCAGUCUGGUUGCUGCAAGCCAUCAAAUGACUGCAAUUUCAUCUAUGUCAAACCAACUGAAUGGAACAAGACAGAGGGCGGUGCUUAUACUAACCCUGACUGCAAUGCAUGGGAGAAUGACCCAGUGGUUUUGUGCUUCAACUGUGGGUCGUGCAAGGCUGGAUUACUUGACAACAUAAAGAGUAACUGGAAGAAGGUGGCUAUUGUAAACGUUAUAUUCCUUGUCUUCCUCAUUGUUGUGUAUUCUCUGGGAUGGUGUGCGUUCAGAAACAAUAGGAAGGACAAUGCUUAUUGGAAUCGGCACUAGGAUGGAUUGUAUGUUAGCAUGUAGAUUGGUUUGGUGUGUCCUCUUAUUUUGUGGAUUAUGUCUCUGAGACUGCACUUAUAUUCGGUUCUCUGUAAUAUGCUUGUGGAAAUUCUUCACCAUGACCGUAUUUGAUCUGUUGUCAGUAUGAUCA